CAACCAAUCGCCCUGGCCCUCUUCUUCUUUCAUUUCCUCAAUUCAAAGAAUUGAACUGAAUUCACAUACAAGCCUUCCUUGUCUUGACUUUGUUCAUGAUUUUCUUUUCUCUCUGUUGCGCUUUUCUUCCUCGAUUCUGAUCAAUUCCCGAUAUUGGAAUCUUUUAGUGCUUCGCUGCAAUCGCACAUACCUACAUACACUAGCUCAUCGACCGUUACUGAUCGCGUCUGCACCCGGUCGACCCGGACUGUCUUGGCUGCCUUGAUCUGCCUCUUUAGCCUUGUCUACGUCGUUAGCAUCAGCUCUCAAGCGUCGGCCCAGGCCCCUUAUCGUCGGCUGCCAACCGUGCUCCAACCCUUCGUCAUUCUCUAUCACAAAAUUCCAAUCCAUCCAAACCAUCCUGGAGGUUGAGCGACGGAUCGCACAUGGCACUAAAGGCAGACCAAACAAAACCGACCCAUCUCCCAUAACUCUAUAACCCUGCGUUGCCUGUGGGCGGGUCAUACUCCUUGUCAACUACUUGUUGAACAUCGGACAAAUUUCCUUCUGAUCUUUUUUAUUUUCGGUUGCCGAGAGCCGCAGAUACUUGAGACAAGCCACACGACUCGACCAUAUUACCUCCCCAAUUCGGGCAUCAGAACCUUGUUGACAGAUAGAAAACUCGUGGCCGUGUCUGUCUUUUCCGCGUCAGACGCAGAAGUCAACAUGCAGUCUAUGCGGACGACGACGCAGGCCCCGCCAUCACAGGUUGCUCCUGUUCCUACCUCAUCGGGACGACUCAAGUACGCCGAACCACGGGAUUUACCCUCGUUUCCUUCUUUUGGGCUGCGAAAGGAUAAUGCAGCAGCCAGCGCAGCCGCUUCGUUAGGCUGGGCAAACCAGAAACCUGCCACGCCCGUUACUGGUCAAAAUAAUCAAAGGAACGCUUCUUCCGCGUCUGCCGCCGCCGCGUUGCUUGCCAAAGAUUCCAAGCCUGUUCAACAGUGGUCGCCAGCAAAGAACGAUACAGGGUCCCAGGCGGCUAUUCUUGCUGCAACGAGGAAGCAGGACGUGUCACCUGUGCCUUCUAACCCGUCGGCAAACUGGGGAAACUCGGCCGCCAACCAAGCAUUCAAGGCACAGUCUUUAAAGGGCGUGGAAUUAUCUGAAAGUCGAGAUCUUGCUCGGAGCGGCUCACUACGGGCUGCCAAAGACGCCAUGGGACGCCCACGUGCCGUCUCGAGCCCUGGGCCGAAGUAUACGGCACAGCAACCGACAGACAACAGGACCACAAACGCUUUGACUGCCGCAACGAUGGCACAUAGGAGGACUACCACGGCGGGUGUCGAAAGGGAAAACAACCCGACAGGUUCACCCUCGUUUAUGAACAUGAACCGGCAGAUGUUUACUUCGCACCCACCGGUGCAAAGCAGUGUGGAUGAUCAGAAACAUAAUGAUGUAUUGCACGCUUCAGCCGUCGCAAUGGCAAAGCGGAUGUACAAUAAUCAGGUGCAUCAGCAGCAGCAACGGGAUGCUGACGCUGCGGCCAAGUUGGCGCAGAAUGGUGGCGAAUCCAGCAGCCCAGACGCAUCGGCGGCGUUUACGCCACAAUUCACCAACCUUCAGGAGGCGGCUUACAAGCUUGCUCAGGAACGCCUGUCCAAACUCCAGGAAGAGCACGACCGGGCGCGUAACUAUCACGACUACUACGGGGCAUCCGCAUCAUCGGCUUCGUACAAGCGAUUCAUGCCCAAGAACAAACUUCGGCGGCGGUCUUCCAGCGAUGGUGAUGUCACCCAAGGCCGGGAAAUGUAUCAAAGACAAAGGCGGGCAACGAUGCUUGGCACAAAGUCACCCCGGCAGCAACAAGACGCAGGAGUGAUUGAUGAGGAGAAGCGUCUGCGCGACCGUGAGGCUCUGCUCUCCGCGGCCCGGCGCAAUGUGCGCGCACAGCUAGAGGGCAUAGACCGCAAGGUGAUUGCAGACACAGGUAUGGUCAGCCCUUCCAUGAAGGCUGAGUGGGAAGCCAAGGCACAAGCCCUUGCUCGUGCCAAGAGUCACCCCGAGUUCAUGGUUGCCACAACUCCUGGCAGUAAUGCACUGGGUAUAGAUGGGAACAUCGAUGGGAAGCGUACGGCACCGGCCGGUAAGGUCGACAUCGGGGGCGGCAAAUACAUGGACCAGUCCGAGAUCGAUGAGAUUGCAGCGCGGAGGGUGCAGCCGUUCUUGGACGAAAUUAACGAGAAGGCUGAGAAGGAGCGCGAGAGACUCGCUGCGAUCAAGGCAGAGCAAGAUGCCAAAAGAGAGGCUCAGGAGUUGGAGAAGGCUAAAGAGAGGGAGGUCAAGGAGCUUUAUGACAAGAUUAAGGGCCAACAAAAAGAACAAGAAAGGGCUCGAAAGGAGGAGAUCAAGAAUGAGGAGCGAGAGAGGAAACGGUUCGAGAAGGAGGUUAAGACGGAGCAGAAGCGCGACUCAAAAGAGAGCCAAGGUUACAGUCACUUCCUGUCAAAGAAGGCCACAAAUGACCAGGACGAUCCAAAAGAGCCGACCGAUAUGACCUCUUUGAGCGCAGGACAAAAGGAUAAUCCAGCGUCUACAGUCCAACCGCCAGAGGACAAAAAGGAGAAGCCGAAUAGGGGUCGGUCGCUGCAUCUCCGACUCCCUAGCAUGCCGCUUUCUUCAAAACCCAAGGACAAAGGCAAGGAACGCGAGCGUGAACCACACUCAGCCUCGGCGGCCUUACCGUCCCAAUCGCAGUCGCCGGUGGAUGAGAACUCCCCGACGUCGGCCAAGGUCAAAAACUGGCUCAAGUCUCGCUUCCGACCACGGGCAAGGUCGACCGUUGAACAGGGAUCGUUCAGUUCGGCGGCCAAGAAGGGAGGAUUCAUCGGCGGAGCAGCCCUCACCGCCCAACACCAGCGGGCCGCCAGCGACGGCUCAAGGGCGAGCAUCCAGGAGGAGAGCCUGAGGGAGGUGGCGCUUGCUGGUCGGGAUGACGGCGGCGACCAGGCGACUCUGGCGCGGACAGCCACUGGCGCCUCUUCAACUCUAUCUGGUCAGCAGCCGAGGGUCAUCGGAGCCAGCAGUGUCGUCAGCCUACCCAGCACAUCACAAAGCAUGGUUAGCAGUCUGUCGGUCAGCAGCAGCAGCACGCGCACCGGCGGCGGGGAAAACUUUGUUCUAGCCAAAGACCAUUUCAGUCCGACCCCGACAGCAGGGACAACAGGGUCAUCACCGGCACUGCUGUCGCCGCCACCCAAGCUCAGAGACCCUACCUUGAGGGCGAGCAAAUCUGGGAGCCCAGUGCGAGACUCGAGAUUUUUGGAAAUGAUGGAUAACUGAUGAUGAGCUUUUAUGUUUUACUUACUGACUUUCCUCUUUACUACGUUGAGCGACCUUGGAAUUAUUUUAUCACCUUUUUUGGAUAUUUUCUUGCGGCCAGGAGUUUUGAGUGUAUAAGCCCUAUUGUUACUUGUAUCCCUACGUUAUGAGGCACGGAAAGAGAAAGAUAUUAGCUUGUGACGAAGUGGUAUUGGAGUUCUUUUUCCUCCCUAUUUUCUGGGGAGGUGCGUUUUGUCUUUCGAUCCGUGGGAUUAAUUCGUGUUUUCUUUUUCUUAGAUGUGGUGCGAGAGGAGUUUUUGUUUUCUUUUUCUUUUUUUUUAAACAUAAACCGACGAAAGACCUAUGAAAGACCCCAUGUACCUAGCUUAUUUCUAAU